AUGGCUCCUCGCAAACAAAAAGCAGUCUUCCUUGACUCAGUCGGCAGUCCCGUCGAACUCGGCGAGCGAGACAUCCCACCCCCCAAAGCCGGCGAGGUCAUGGUUAAGGUGAACUCCACCCAGCUGCUUCCCCACGACGCCUACUGCCGCGAUCGAGGCAUCUUCAUCGGGCACAAACUGCCCUUCGUUCUGGGCAGCAGCAUCGCCGGAACCGUCGUCGAGGCCGGCCCUGAUGUAAACUCCUUCAAUUCAGGAGACCGCGUUUUCGGAACCAGCAACCUCCAGCACCCAACCCCGGACCAGGCCGGCCUGCAGGAAUACGCCAUCCUCUAA